GAGGGGGGCGGCUACCGGCGUGGGGACCACGACAAGCCGCACCUGCCGGCCGACAAGAAGGGCAAGGUCAUCUGCAAGUACUUCGUGGAGGGCAGGUGCACCUGGGGCGAUCACUGUAACUUCAGUCACGACAUUGAGCUGCCCAAGAAGCGCGAGCUGUGCAAGUUCUACAUCACGGGUUACUGCGCCCGCGCCGACAGCUGUCCCUACAUGCACGGGGAUUUCCCGUGCAAGCUGUUCCACACCACCGGGCUCUGCAUCAACGGCGACGACUGCAUGUUCUCCCACGCGCCCCUGAGCGACGAGAGCCGGCAGCUGCUCGACAAGGUGAC